AUGGAAUAUCCAGAUGCUGAUACGAUACGUAUACUGAUUACUACUGAUAACCAUGUUGGAUACAACGAGACUGAUCCCAUUGCUGGUGAUGAUUCUUGGAAGACUUUCCAUGAGAUAAUGAUGUUGGCCAAGAACUACAACGUUGAUAUGGUUUUACAAGGUGGUGAUCUAUUCCAUGUUAAUAAACCUUCCAAAAAAUCGUUUUACCAAGUGAUGAAAUCACUUAGAAUGGGUUGCAUGGGGGAUAAACCCUGCGAACUGGAGCUCUUAAGUGAUCCUUCACAGGUAUUCCAUUAUAACGACUUCACAGACGUCAACUAUGAGGAUCCCAAUUUCAAUGUUGCAAUUCCCGUGUUUGCCAUUGCUGGUAACCAUGAUGAUGCUACCGGAGAAAGUUUACUGUGUCCAAUGGAUCUUUUGCAAGUAAGUGGGUUGGUCAAUCAUUUUGGAAAAGUGUUGGAAGCAGAUAAAAUUACUGUGAAACCUCUUCUAUUCCAAAAGGGAAUUACUAAAUUGGCACUGUAUGGUAUGGCAUCAGUACGUGAUGAAAGAUUAUUUCGUACUUUCAAAGAGGGGAACGUAACUUUUGAAAUACCAUCAAUGAGAGAAGGUGAAUGGUUUAAUUUAAUGUGCGUUCAUCAAAAUCACACAGGCCAUACAAAUACUGCAUUUUUACCCGAACAAUUCCUACCAGAGUUUCUGGAUCUAGUUGUUUGGGGUCACGAACAUGAGUGCAUCCCCCAUUUAGUUCAUAAUCCAUCCAAACAAUUUGACGUCUUACAACCUGGUUCAUCAGUAGCUACUUCACUUUGUGAUGCAGAAGCUCAACUAAAAAAUGUAUUUAUCUUGCAACUUCGUCAUGAUCAAUCACCAGAACUCAUACCGAUUCCCUUGACUACAGUAAGAACUUUUCUAAUGAGAUCAGUUUCUUUACAAGAUGUCAAUUAUUUAAGACCUCAUGAUAAAGAAGGUAUAUCGAAAUAUCUUGCAAGCCAAGUCGAAGAACUAAUUGCUGAGGCCAAUACUGCAACCAAAGCUAAAUUAGGUGACGCUUUAGAUGAAAUGGAUGAGCAACAGUUACCUCUGCCGUUGAUCAGGUUACGUGUAGAUUACAGUGGUCCCGAUAGCGAUCAAACGACCAUUGAUUAUCAAGUGGAAAACCCAAGAAGGUUUAGUAACAGAUUUGUUGGGCGUGUAGCCAAUGGUAAUAACGUCGUUCAGUUCUACAAGAGAAGAGGAAAACAUAAUUUAUCCUCUAAAAGAGGGCCCAAUUCAGCGGUUAAUGACGCUGAUGUAGAGAGACUCAUAAAUGAACGUGGUGGUGAACUGGAGGUCAACACUUUAGUCAAUGACCUUUUACAUAAAAUGCAAUUGUCAUUACUACCAGAGGUUGGUAUGAAUGAAGCUGUCAAGAAAUUUGUUGAUAAGGACGAAAAGAGUGCUCUUAAGGAUUUUAUCGACAAAGAGAUUGAGAACGAAGUGGAUAUGCUAGUAAGUAGCGGCGGGGGGUUACAUUCUGAUAAUCCAGAACAAAUAAAGUCUUUAAUAAGACAAGUGAAAAAAGCUAAUUACGUUGUCGAUUCAUCAUCAUCACCUAACCAUGAAACACCUGUUACUGCCGUACCACCUCCACCACUAACACAUACGGAGACACGAGAACUUGAUAUUACACCUACACCAGAACUAUCAAUGCCAACCAGGAAGAGGAAAGAACUUCCUAAGAGGAAAGCGUCCCCUCCAAUUAGCGAAUCAAUUGCAAUAUCGGAUGAUGACGAAGAAGAUGGCGACGAAAUAGUCCUCUCAGAUGACGAUAAUGAAGAUAAUGGUAUGGAUACACAGAAGCAAAGAACAAGCAAAUCAAGCAAACCCAAUACAUCAAAACCCCCAUCGAGGAAAAGCAGGCAGACCACUACGGUGGGCAAAUCGAGCUCUGGAAGCAGGUCAAAAUCUACAAAAACUCCAAAAACCGAUAUUUUAAGCAGUUUGCUAGCAAGGAAAAGAAAAUAA